AUGGAAAUAGACCAAAACACAAACGGCACCGCUUAUAAUUCAGUACACAAUGCGUAUCUAAUCCAGAAAAAAGUAUUGGUCUCGGCUUCGCAUCUUGGCAUUUUUGCAUUAACUUUUGACAGAUUCUUGGCGAUUCAGCUUCAUCUCAGAUACCAGGAACUUGUAACUCACAAGCGUGUUGUUGCUGCAGUGAUCUCAAUCUGGGUGUUUAGUGCAUCAAUUUCCUUCCUACGUCAGUUGUAUGAUUCUUUUAUUAUGGGAGCUGUCAUUUUAGUUGUUUGUGUCAUAAUUACAGGAUUGCUUUAUUGCAAGAUAUACGCAGCGGUACGACAUCACAGAAAUCAAAUGCGCGCCCUGCAAGUACAGCAAGAAUUACGGAAUGGAGAAAAGGCCGCAAAUGCAGAAAGGCUAAGAAAAUCUGCACUGACUACAUUCUACGUUUAUGUUGUGUAUUUAGCUUGCUAUUUGCCAAUAUCUUGUGUUGUAUUUGCCAGGACCAAUGGUGACACUGUCUUGUUAUCUCAUUUAUGGUAUUUCACAUUGACUCUUGUGUAUCUUAAUUCAUCUCUCAAUCCCUUGAUCUACUGUUGGAAGAUGAGACACAUUCGACAAACUGUUAUGGACAUACUUCGAAAUGUCAUUGGGAUUGGUCCGCACUAAAGAAAGGAUCUGCUCGGGAUAAUUUGGCCUUUUACUCUCUGGUAAAAAUAAAAGCUUUCAGGCAAUACAGUUGGAAAAAAGACACUAAAUAUGAACGGGACCUGAAACCUUUGAAAGGCAAAGGGAAAAAUAUAUCAUCUAGUAUACUUCAUAAGAUUCCGGUUUGCUUUGGAAUAACUAAUUACAAUUAAUACGGAAACUCUGAAAUAUUAUUUAUCAAAGUCAGAAAGAGGGUAAAAAAAGCUAAAUGGUUUAGGAUGAAUGACGAGUGACUUGAUAAAUAGAGGGCCUAGUUUCCAAAUUUUCAUGGGCAAAAAGUUCUGUGUAAGGUAAAGUGUCUUAAACGUUUACUAGAUUUUGUUAAGCAUAGUGCAUGCAAUGAAGAAAACUAACUAAAGAGGAGACAGAUCAAAACUAUAUUGAAUAAAUCUUCCGCACUGAAUGUACCAAGAGUGGGGAAAAGAUUUACCGAUACAACAACAAUAACAACAACACAAUAAUAAUAAUAAUAAUAAUAACUAUUAUCAUAAUAAAAAUAAUAAGAAGAAUAAUACUAAUAAGAACUGAAUAAUGAUAAGAAGAACAACACAGCCUAUUUGUUGAGAAAGACGAAGACUAAUUAAUUCAUAUCAAUAAAGUUCACGUGAAAAAGUUAAAAUGUUUUGAAGACAGGUAAAAAUAUACCUUUCAAACAGGGUUUUUUUAAUUUGUCGAGUCCAAAAAUUGCUAAUAAUAUCACUACAUUUGAAACUGAGUUUCAGACUGGGAUCUGAGAAAGAGCUCUCCUGAGAGCGCAGCCGAUUGGAACAAAUGAUCGAUGGCUAAAUGACAUCCUAAUAAUUUAAAAUACCAUAAUAGAACCAGAUCAGAAAGCAGAUAUAAUAUAGCUCCAAUAUCAAGCAAAGAGCUUCUUGCUCUGAGAUUAAAAACUUAGAACCAUAAUAUUUGACGAAGCAAUUAAUUAUCAAGGCCCAGGGUUGAACCGAAGUACACAGUUUCCUCAUGUCUCAGUUGAAAGUCUUGCAAGCAACUCUCGGUACGUGGGUGAGAGUAAUUUACAACAACGUUGAAACUUUGUACGAGACCAUACUUAAUGUUUCCAUAGCCAUUUAGAAAGAGCGAGUCCAAAAAAGUAAUUAUUGUAACCAAUGAUGUAUAACAGAGCAACAGCAUUAACAACGUGAAAAUGAAAAAAAAAAAAAAAAAANGUACGUGGGUGAGAGUAAUUUACAACAACGUUGAAACUUUGUACGAGACCAUACUUAAUGUUUCCAUAGCCAUUUAGAAAGAGCGAGUCCAAAAAAGUAAUUAUUGUAACCAAUGAUGUAUAACAGAGCAACAGCAUUAACAACGUGAAAAUGAAAAAAAAAAAAAAGACAAAAUCGUGUAUUUUCCACUAUUCUUAAACUAACAUGUGUUUUCUCCUACACAUUGUUUUUCCUGUUCGGUGGUUACGAGCGCUCUUUCAUAAUCAUGAAAGUUCCCCCACAAUUUCUGUUUUUAGGGAGGUAGGGAAGAAACACAGAUAGUUAUUUUCUGACGCUUAAACUGAAGAGUAUAUUCUUUUCUUGUCUACGCGUUCUUUUUCCUGUUUGAAGCUGAUUAGGAGCGGUCGUCCAUAAUCAUGACAAUUCUUCAACAAUCUCUGGGGGAAACGGUAUCCUCUUGUUUUUCUAGUACCCAUUCAAUUGUGAGCAAUAUUGAACUUUCAUUAUAAUGUUAAACUGAAGCCGAAACCGGAGUUAAUAUGACUUAAGUUUUGGUAGCUGCCUCGGAUGAGUUAAAUCAACACGAACUACUAAGGCGUAACAACAACAACAACCAUUGUACUCCACAGGAAAAAGUUUACAAAUAAUGAAUUGAAGUAAACUGAAAAGGAAAUAUUUCACACAACCCGCAGUUAGCUUAAGCUAAUCGAGGCAGGAAGUGUUUUCGAUACAUCUUCAAUGAAAUGAAAUUUGAAACAUAAUUUCGAAGUCGAUUGUAGUUUAGACUACAAGGGAUAUUUUAAACAUGCUGAUCAUUUGUUUUUAACUGAUUAAACUUUCACAUACAGAACUGGAUGAUUUAUUAAGUAACUACCUACUGUGUCUGUUUUUUUUUUUAAGGGUAAUAAGUCUUUUCUCUCAUCCUCCGACCCGUCUUAGCUCAGUACAUGUGCAUAAUUUUUGCUUGGGUCAAGCAAAAACGUUGGAUUAUUCUUCAAACUAAUGGUCGGCAUUUCGUCUAAACUCUUUCUGUUUGACUGUGUAUUUACGAUUCACUGCAAACCAGCUGCCGUUUCUACUUUAAUAUUGCAUCAGUAGUAUCAAAUAACUUUCUACCAUUUGACUAACAAACUUCAACUCUUACAAAGCUCGACCUAUCGCGUUUCGGUUAAAAAUAAAAGGAGCUCAAAUAUCUGUGGCGAAACUAGUCAAUAAAAAAAUAUCAUGAUAAAUUCUUUCUUUUUUAAAUAUAAUUAUUUAGGAAUAAUACAAGAAUAUUUUCACCUUAAAAUAGGCAGAAAAAAAAAACAACAUUCAGCCUCGGCCAGGAAAACAACGUUCUUAUAAAAAAGAAAGAGGGUGUAUCAAACUGAAAAAACUGGAGCUAAUAAGACUUACCUCUUAUUAGCUGCCUUACAGUUAAUAAAGGAUAGUUUAUGGUUUUUGAAUACAUUUUCAUUUGAUUGAAGUUUAAGGCACGUUUUGCUUUUUGCAACAUGAUAACUCAUCGAACUUUCACGUCAUGAUACGUAAAUAUUCCGAUCAUUUGCGAUUAAACUUUGACACAUAUUAAGGACCGGAUGAUCUAUUAAGUAACUAGGCUACUGUGUCUUUGUUUUAAGCGGACCAUAAGUUUUUGUUAUGGUUUAAGAGUUUUUUCUCUCUUGAUCUCCUCACACUCUUUGUGUCGCGCGUGGCCAUGUAGUUUAUCAAUGAAAAAAUGUGUACAUGAGUCCAGGAAAUAUAUUGGAUUGGUUUGCGACUUAAAAGUCUCGUUUCUCCUCAAGCAUCGCUAACUCUUACUGUUUAACUGUGUAUUUUGCGAUUCAUAGGAAACCAGCUGCCUAUGCCAUUUUAAUAAUGAGCCAGUAGUUUCAAGCAACUUUCUUCCAUUUGACUGACGAACAAAGCUCGACCUAUCGCAAUUCAGUUAAAGUGAAAAUAUAUUCCAAUUGCUGUAUGAUGAUCAGGACGUCACAUUUAAAUUUUAAAUUCCGGGUUCAGACAAGCAGAGUUUUAAUUUCAAUUAAGGCCAGUUUGUAUAUUAUAAGUAAGAGUUAGGGACCUUUUUUACUCUUGUCGCGGAAGACUCAACAGUACUCAGUUUAAAACCAAUUGCCAUCGGAGGUGGAAGAGAAUCAACAGUACUCAGUUAAAAACCAAUUGCCAUCGGAGGUGGAAGAGAAUCUCUGGAGAAUAUUCAGUAAGUCUCGCAAAGAAUUAUUUCCAGCAUCAGUCUCUUCUUGCAGUGUUCCUUAAAAGUUCUACACAGCUGCUAAAACUUAAGACUGUAUAAAACUUUCAAUUCUAUGGCGGAAGCUGAAGGUCAGUCUCAUUCGAAAACGGAUGAAUCCUCCAAAGCAAAGAAGUUCCUCUCACAGAUUUUACUUAAACUUAACGGACAUCGAUCGUAGCACUUAUUGGAGGAAAAACAGGAGGAAAAGCCCCCGUAAACGAUUUUGUAAGAAAAGUUCCCAGUGCCAAGAAAUACAGCAAGUAAAGUAGCUAAUGGCGUCAUUCUGUUGCUAUGACAACUCCGAUGUCAUUGUAAUCCUGAUCAUAACAAACUUUCAACUUUCAACACUUACAAAGCUCGGCCAUUCGCGUUUCGUUUAAAAUGAAAAUAAAUCCAGAUUUUGGUGUAAUGAUGUUGUCAUAUUCAUAUUCUUUUUAUUUCAAAUACGUGGAUAUUUCGGAUGUUACGAGUAUGGGAUACUGGGAACUUCUUGCGAUUGUAAACUUUAUUGUUUCAAAAAUUUGAGUCUCAUCCAUAAAAGAAAACACUUGCAGAGCUCUUCAAAAGUUAUACAGCUACAGACUGUAGCGUACCUGUACACGUAGGCAGGCAACAUGCGUUGGCUAGUACCGUCGGAGUCGCGCCAUUCCGUUCACCAAAAAUAUUUGUUAAUGACAGUGUGUCAGGAAUGGUGUAUUUAAAACUAUUAAAAGGACAAAAAACAUUGUAGUUAAUUUUUUGUGUGACUUCUGAGCAAUGUAGGAGACGAUGUUUUAACAAACACAGCUCUUAAAGGUCACUCAAGUCAAGUCAACUUUAUUCAGGCAGGGCAGCCCUAUCAGCCAUUGGCUGGUAACAAAAAGGCCCCCCCGUACAGUCGUCGUGGAGGACAAUAUCGGGUUUUUAUUGUCGGCGGGUCUAAGCUUUUUGCCAUAGAUUUUUGAAAAAAAUACUACAAAUUAAUAAAUAAAUAAAUAAGUAACAAAAAGCCGUGCCCAAAAUAAAAAAAUAAAAUAAAAUAAAAGAAUCUAUCUUUCCGCGAUUCCUAAAAGCACCUAGCCUGUUUGGGCUCAAUAAAUUUUGAUUGGACUUGAUGUCAAUAUAUUUUCAUAAUGAUGCCUUUAAUAAGUUUCUUUGACCCAAUUAGUUUGCAACAGUUCUUUUCAGUCACUUUUUAGCCAGAAUACCAAAUAGGUUCUUUCUAUUCUUUAUGUCAUUAUCACCUUUUUACUGGCAUUUAUCAUAUCCUCAAAAACUCCAAUAGCGUCAGUAUGCGUUACCUUAAGCUUAUUAAUUGUUAAGCUCGAUUUAUCGUUCUUAUCAAAAGAAAAAAAUUAUUCAAGAUUGAAUGUGUUAUUAUGUGGCUACAUUAACUUGUUUGAAAUUUUUUGUUAAGGGAAUUCUUGGUGUUCAAACGUCUUGAUAUUUAACACUGUCUGGUUAGUGGACAAUUUCAAGAUUACCAAAGUACGGAAGAGGACAAGCUAGGUCGCUCAGCCAUGCGAUAAUUUAAGGAAGAAUGUGAACCACAUUCUGAACUAUUGGAGACCGAUCAGGUAACUUACCAAAGGCAAGAGCAUCUGCCUGUCAAAAGACUUCAACAGUUUUUUAAAGGAACAGUCUAUACAAUGGCAGAAGAAGCUAAAGACGCGUUUUCAACAUCCUACAGAAUGGCAGGAACUGGAGACUUUUAUUCAACGCUCGUCGCCAACUGCUUCUUCAACGCUUUCUUGCUUUUCACAGCCUUGGUUUUAAACUUCAUAACAAUACAAGCCCUAAGAAAAAUAUCAUCGUUUCCAAAGCCUUUAAAAACAUUACUUCUAAGUCUCGCUGUUUCUGAUCUUGGUGUUGGUUUGCUUGUCCUUCCUCUCUACAUUGCACGUCUUAUAAUGAACAUAGAACAGAGCGCUAACAAAAGACUCCAUUAUACGGUAUAUACAGCGCAGCGCGUUUUUGGCUAUUUUCUGUGCGUUGCUUCAUUCUUGGGCAUCAUUGCUUUAACUGUCGACAGAUUCUUAGCCAUUUAUCUUCAUCUCAGGUACCAGGAACUUGUGACGCACAAGCGUGUUAUCGCUGUAGUAAUUUCAGUAUGGGUGUUUUUUUAUGUCUUUCCUCAUUCGCGUUGAACAGAAUUUUAGAAAACGUUCCAGACAUUAUAAUUGCAACUUUUGGGGCAGUUUGUCUCACUACAACGGGAUUCAUUUACUGCAAGAUAUAUUCAAUCGUACGUCACCACACAGAUCAGAUUCAAGCCCUGCAAUUACAACACGUAGAGCAGAAUCAGAAUGGAGAAUUGGCAAAUGCUGCGAGACUGAAAAAAACUGCACUUGCUACAUUUUACGUGUUUGUGGUGUUUGUGGUUUGUUUUUUGCCCUACAUAUGCGUUAAAGCAGCUUAUCGAAUUUUUGGUGAGUCCGAGUUGCGGUUGCAUCUGCUUUAUUAUUCGACGACACUUGCGCAUCUUAAUUCAUCUCUCAAUCCUUUAAUCUACUGCUGGAAGAUGCGAAACAUUCGGCAAGCUGUGAUCAGUGUACUUCGCAAUAUCUUUCAAGGACAGUAA